AUGGCUUUCCUCCCCCUUUUCACACUCUUCCUCACACUGCUCCUACCAUUCCACUCUCUCUCUCAACCCUCAACAACAACAACAACCACCCCUCUCUCUCUCCUCAUGACCAUCAAAUCUGCACUAGACCCUCAAGGCCUCAUUCUGUCAUCAUGGUCACCCAAUGCUACUGACCCAUGCAGCAAUGCCUCUUUUGAAGGGGUUGCCUGCAAUAAACAUGGCCAAGUGGUCAACAUCACCUUGCAAGGAAGAGGGCUAUCUGGAACAAUCCCACCUGAGAUUGGUCAACUCAAGAGUUUGAUUGGCUUGUACCUGCACUUCAACAAGCUUCAUGGGGUUGUACCUACUGAACUUGCUAAUUUGACCAACCUCUCAGAUCUGUACCUCAAUGUCAAUGAUCUCUCUGGUGAUAUUCCUCCUCAGAUUGGUGAUAUGUCUAAUCUUCAAGUGUUGCAACUCUGUUAUAACAAGUUAACUGGCAGUAUUCCAACACGGCUUGGCUCUCUGAAGAAACUCAGUGUUCUAGCUCUACAGUCCAACCAGUUGAGUGGUGCAAUUCCUGCCAGUUUGGGGGAUCUGACGAUGUUAAAUAGGUUGGACUUGAGUUUCAAUAGCCUCUUUGGUUCGAUCCCGCUGAAAGUGGCUGUUCUGCCCUUGCUCAAAGUUCUUGACAUCCGAAACAAUACUCUCUCUGGCAAUGUGCCUCUAGCCUUGAAGAGACUGGAUGAAGGUUUCCAGUAUGCAAACAAUGCACAAUUGUGUGGGAUCAGUUUUCCUUCUCUUGGAAUCUGCACUGCUUCUGCUCAAAACUCCAAUCAGCCGGAGCCUUUUGGAGCUGCCUCGAGUCAUCUACCUUCGAAGGACAUCCCAGAAUCAGCCAAUGUCCAACACAACGGAGGGCAUCAGUCGAGGAAAUCUCAAUCUGCUGCUGUGGUUGGAGUGGUUUGUCUCAUUGUUGCCAUUGCUGUGGCGGGGCUGUUCUCAUUUUCAUGGUAUCGCAGGCAGAAGCAGAUAAUCGGAAGUGCAUUUGAUUCUGGUGUUGCUCGUUUGAGCACUGACCAGGUGAAGGAGGUUUGCAUGAGAAGUGGCUCGCCUCUCAUGAGCCUGGAUUAUUCAAACGGUUGGGAUCCUCUGGCGAAGCACCAAGAUAUGAGCAGCUUCUCGCAGGAGAUGCUCGAGAGCUAUAUGUUCAACCUGGACGAAGUUGAGUCUGCGACACAACACUUCUCGGAGAUGAACUUGCUGGGAAAGAGCAGCUUCUCGGCUGUCUACAAGGGGACACUGAGGGAUGGAUCGACAGUUGCAAUCAAGUGCAUCUCGAAGAUAAGCUGCAAGUCUGAUGAAGCCGAGUUUCUCAAGGGACUAAAGCUGCUUACCUCGCUGAAACACGAGAACCUCUUGAGAUUAAGAGGCUUCUGCUGCUCCAAGGGCAGAGGAGAGUGCUUCCUCGUGUAUGACUAUGUGUCAAAUGGGAGCUUGCUGCAUUACUUCAACACGACUACAGGGAAGGCUCUUGAUUGGCCAACCAGGAAAUAUAUAAUCAAAGGAAUUGCCAAAGGCAUUGAGUACUUGCACAAAAACCAGAAUAACAAACCUACAUUGGUGCACAGCAACAUAUCAGCGGAGAAGGUGCUGAUCGACCAACACUACAACCCAUUGCUCUCAGACUCCGGCCUUCACAAGCUGUUGGCAGACGACAUAGUGUUCUCGACUCUCAAGGGUAGUGCUGCAAUGGGGUAUCUUGCUCCGGAGUACACCACCACAGGGAGGUUCACUGAGAAGAGUGAUGUAUACGCCUUUGGGAUGAUCAUAUUCCAAAUCCUGUCCGGCAAAAGUAGAAUCACGCAGCUGAACUGCCACGGGGCAGAGAUCUCAAGAUUUGAAGAUUUCAUCGAUGCAAAUCUUGCAGGAAAGUUUAAAGAGUCCGAGGCCGCCAGGCUAGGGGAAGUCGCUCUUCUCUGCACCCACGAGUCUCCCAACCACAGGCCUGACAUUGGAGCCGUGAUGCAAGAGCUAAACGACAUCCCUUCGAGCUCUUGCUGAGUGUGGUAUAAAUCUACUAAAUUCGACUAGUGGCCGAGUCUGCAACUGCUUGUGUUGCGUCUCACAUGAGAUGUAUCUAAACCAGUUUAGUUAACUUGCAUCACUGAUCUUAUUGUUCUCUACUUUUUUUUACUCAUCUUACUCUUGUAAGAUUAGCUAAUGCAACUAAUUGCCUCUUAAUUGUGAAUCAAAUAUCAUUUGCAGUCUAAUUUUGAUUUCAAGACUUCAAGUUGAAA